UUGUACCUUGGCCUAUCUAGUGGAAGACCAUUUAAUUCUUCUGCCUGUCACGAUAUGCGGCUGGCGAAGAGAGAGAUGAGCAAAGAUACAUUAUUUCUAGUAAAUAAAUUAUUUUCAGACCAUUUAAGAAAUUGGAUAACUUCGCACGGUACGUGGUUGGGAAUGAUUGCACUAAACUGAAUGCUGAAUACCGACUACUGUUUUGACUAGUGUUUUCGACAGAAAACUAUCUUCAAAAACGUCAUGCAAAUGAACUUAAAAGCAGUAUCCUAUAAACAGCCCCUUAAUUUCCAACAACUGUCAAAUUUUUGUUUGCUUUAUAAAGUUAUCUUCAAAAACAUUGAGUCAUGUAAAUUAACUUGAAAAGCAGUAUCCUGUUAACGGCCCCUUAAUUUUCAACAACUGUCAAUUUUUUGUUUGCCUUAUAAUGAGCUCAAUCCGUACAGGUCGGCCCUUUCAUCCAUCAUUUCUCUGCUUCCGCCCCUUUAAUUCACUUUGCUGUUUGUCCAACACUACCCUAACCCAUUCUUAUCCCAUCUUGUUCUCCACACUAGCAUAACCACAAAAAGUAGCAUGCGCACACACACACACACACACACACACACACACACACACACACACACACACACAGAAAUAAAAAGCUUUGCCGGUUCCUAAAGCCUCACGUUGCAUGUGAACACCCCCACUGUUUGCCUUUGUGGUACGUUCCGAGAUGAGCAGUUACCGCCCCUAUCCCAAGUCAGAUUUGUCUCCACUCUAAGGAAAUACACUGUACCUCUGAAAUGUGUAAAAGUGUAACGUAAAAAGUUCUUCAUGGAACGUGGAUACCGAUGAAGGGGUAAAGGAGCGUUCAGUGACGGGAGGGUGACAGACUCUUUUUGGGGCUGACAAGCCAUGACAGGACUACUUGUGAAUCACCGGUGAACCCUCCUCCUUCCAAUGUCUCAGUGCUUUGGGCCAUGGCCUUUCACGCAGGCAACAUGAACCGUGAGGACCGGAAUGUGCUCCGAAUGAAAGAAAGAGAAAGGCGAAAUCAAGAAAUCCAGCAGGGAGGAGGAGAGGCGUUUACAGCAAAUUCCCCCCUUUUCCCUGAACCUUACAAAGUGUCUAGCAAAGAAGAUAAACUGUCCAGCCGUAUUCAGAGCAUGCUGGGCAAUUACGACGAGAUGAAAGAACCAAUUGGCGAGGCACUUCCGAAGCUUAGCACCAAACCCUCUAACAGCUCUUCUUCCGCCGAGGAGAAAUCUGGCGCGCCUUUGUUCGGCGAGAACCAGCGAGGAGGUGGCAGCGGUCAAAGCAGUAAGUGGACUCCCGUCGGCCCCGCAUCAGCUGGCGCCUCAUCUCAGUCUCAGAAACGCUCCGGACUGCAAGGGGGGCACAGUAGCCAGAGGGGCAGCGGCGGCAGUAGCGGCAGCAGCAGCGGCAGCCAAAGACACAGCGAAAAGAAGUCGAAUAAACACAGUGGCGCUUCCGAGCACUCAAAGUCGCACACAUCGAGUCCAGCGAAGGGCUCUCUGAGUUCCUCUGGUGGCAACAGCCACUCGCGGAGCUCCUUAGCCGCCGAGCAGCAUCACAGUAAGGAGCGCUACCGGUCCAAGUCCCCACGAGACCGAGAGGCCAACUGGGACUCGCCCUCGCGGGUUCACACCUCCUUCCCCAGCGGACAGCACUCAAGUCAGGCCUUCCCCCCGUCACUCAUGUCCAAACCAGGCUCCAUGCUCCAGAAGCCCACGGCCUAUGUGAGGCCUAUGGACGGCCAGGAGACUGCGGAAGCUAAGAGCUCGCAAGCAGAAAGCUACAGUGGACAGUCACACAGCAGUACUAUGGGGGAGAUGAAGUCCAAUGGCAAGGCCUCACUCACCAAACUCAAGAUCCCCUCGCAGCCUGUAGAGGGAUCUGGAGAUUCUAACUGCGUUGAUGAGAUUCUAAAGGAAAUGACUCAGUCCUGGCCCCCUCCAUUGACAGCAAUCCACACCCCCUGCAAGACAGAGCCCUCCAAGUUUCCAUUCCCCACCAAGGAUUCUCACUCAUUCUCAAGUGGACAGAAGCGAGGCAGUUCUUCCAAGAGCUCAAGCAGCCACCAGUCCAAAACUUGUGAUGACCAGCCAACUAUGCUGGAAGAUGACCUCAAGCUCAGCAGCAGCGAGGAUAGUGAUGGAGAACAGGACUCUGCCAAGAAUACCUCAAGAAACACAUCAGCAAGCCAUAACAGUGAAGGAGCCGAGCAGUCAAGAGAUGACUCGAGCAGUCACAGUGGCUCAGAAAGCAGCUCAGGUUCAGACAGCGAGAGUGAGAGCAGCACGACGGACAGCGAGGCCAACGAGCCCCCGCGGCCCGCUUCUCCCGAGCCCGAACAACCAAUGGCUAACAAGUGGCAGCUGGACAACUGGUUCAAGAAGGCAGCCCCACCGUCGCCGCUGGAUAACAAUAAUGUUCAAACUAAGAGCAAAAAGGAGGGCAGAGAUAACAGCUCAGGGCGUGGUUAUAGUAGCCAGGGAGGGGGAUCGAAAGAUUCCUCGGCAACGGGCCCAAGUAGGGACCUUCGGGCAGCACAAAAGGGUGGCGAGAGUGGCCGUGGUAGGCAGAAAUCUCCAGCUCAGAGUGAGAGUAGCACAGGGAACCGGAGGCCCGUGGGGAAGAAACAGCCUAAAAAGUCUGAAAAGCCCCCGGUAGUGGAGGAGCCCAAAGGAGGGCUGAGGGUGGAAAGCGAGCCAGCACCUGAGAUCCCCCCUCAUCGACCCAAAGCGGCCACCAAGGGUUCUCGCAAGCCCAGCAUAAAAAAGGAACCCAAAUCCUCUCCCCGGCCCAGUGCAGCUGCCCUCGCCGCUGCCGUAGACAAGCGCAAGGCUAAAACAAGUUCCAAGUCAACACGUGAGAAGUCUCGGGAGUUUGUCGACACUGACUCCUCGUCAUCGGACUCAGAGGGAAACGACAGCAUCCCUUCAUCCUCACAGACGCCAAAGUACACAGAGAGCAUCAGGACGCCCGUGUGCGUGUUCUCCCCAAUGGAGGAGAAGGAGCUGCUGUCUCCACUAAGUGACCCUGAGGAGCGCUACACCUCCAGGCAACCGCCGCAGGUUUUAAUUGUCAAGAUAGAUCUUAGUUUGCUAUCGAGGAUCCCUGGACGGCCAUACAAAGAGCCCACAGAGAUAAAAGUGGAGCGGGAUGACUCCCAAGACAGAGACAGCAAAGACUUCAGCAAGCAAAGCUCAGAGAAGAGCUCGAGCAAGGCCAAGAGGAAGCAUAAGAAUGACGAGGAAGGCACCAAGCCAGACAGCAAGCGAAGCAAGCUGGAGGAAAAGUCUCAAUCUCAUCAUAAAAGCAGCAGUAAAGAGUCAAAGAGGUCUUUGGAGAAGAAGGAGGAGCCCGUGCCCUCUCCGUCCAUUGUAGGCCUACAGCGGAUGCCGAAAGCUGAGCAUCCAAGCCGGAAGAGGACGGUCAGCCAGUCCUCCACGUCACUGUCUAGUGGGGCAGGCAGUGGCAAGGAGGGAGGCCACAGCACUAAGAGCACCUCCAACUCCAAACACAGAAAAGGGGAAGACAAGGGACGCAGCACUCGAGAUGGCAAGGAGAAAUCCUCCAAGGGAUGUGAUAACCAGCUGGCUGUGCCGCCACUCUCCACUGACUGUUCCAAGUUGCAAAGAUCCAAGCUGCCGUUUGAGGACAGGGCCCAUUCAGCAGAUCAUUACUUACAAGAAGCCAAGAAACUUAAACACAAUGCUGAUGCACUGCUAGACCGUUUUGAGAAGGCCAUUUACUACCUGGACGCCGUGGUAUCUUUCAUCGAGUGCGGCAACGCCCUUGAGAAGAGCGCCCAGGAAGCCAAGUCUCCUUUUCCCAUGUAUGCUGAAACGGUGGAGCUUAUCAAGUACACAAUGAAGUUAAAGAGCUACAUGGCCCCUGAUGCGACUCCAGCAGACAAGCGGGUAGCUGUUCUAUGCCUACGAUGUCAGUCUCUGCUCCACUUGCGGUUAUUCAAGCUGAGGAAAGACAGUGCUCUUAAAUACUCCAAAACACUUACAGAGCAAUUAAAGAACUCUCUAAGUAACACCCAGGCUCCCUCUCCUGGAAUGGGAAACAAGGCAGCGGGAAUGCCUUCGCCAGUGUCCCCCAAGCUGUCUCCGGGCACGGCAGGCGGUUACUCGUCGGUCAGCAGCAGCAGCAGCAGCACUGGCUCAUCUGUGACCAUACCUCAGCGCAUCCACCAGAUGGCUGCCAGCUAUGUGCAGGUCACCUCCAACUUCCUGUAUGCCACUGAGGUGUGGGACCAGGCGGAGCAGCUGGCCAAAGAGCAGAAAGACUUCUUCCAGGAGUUGGACAAAGUGAUGGGUCCUCUCAUCUUCAACACCAGCAGCAUGACCGACCUGGUGCGUUACACCCGGCAGGGCCUGCACUGGCUGCGACUGGACGCCAAGCUUGUUCCCUAGCGAGGACUGACGCUUUGUACCCCCCCCACCCCACCCUUUCCCUGCACGCUGCUCACCCACCCACACACAGCUACACCUCAGCGACACACACGCAGUCCACCUCUGAGCACACACACGGACGUGAGGAUGAACUUCUCAAGCAUAUCUCCAAGUGUGUGUGCGCAUCCUUUUUUCUUUUUUUUUAUCUGCGCCAGUUUGCCAAACACUCAGCAAAUUGAAACCAUCCUGGUGAGAAGCAACACGUCACACUCUUCACAUAUCUGCAUCUUUACAGAGAUGAAACAUGACUUAUUUUUUUUAUCUGUUUGGCCCUGAAGUGUUAGGUGAUUUAUUUAUUAUUUAUUCCCUGCGCUUGAGUUGAUAGGCUAUUUUUGUCUUUUUAAAGGUUUUAAUUUCACCCCCACCAAAGUACCUCCCACGAAACACCAAAGGUGCUUUAAAAUUUUCAAAUAAAGGUUUUGUCUUAUCGGUUUUUGUGCCUUCGAUGUGAGCUACAGGAAAACAGAAUUUUCCCCCACCCCCCUUCUCACACCUUAGGUUUUUUUUGGGGGGCGGGCGGGGGGCUGGUUGGGGCGGUUGGGGUCAUUUUUCACCACCACCCCCCCGUUUUUUUUUUUUUUUUUUUUUUUUACAUUCUGGCAACAAUGUUGUGUUUUCUGUUUUUAACCACAAAAGGUUUCAAGCUUUGCUUCAAACCGAGCUUCCGUGCAUCUGCUUGAUUUAAAAUUUCUGGAGCACACCUGUUAGAUCACAGGGAAGGGCUACUGUGCACAUCCGUAAAUAAUCUUUAUAGCAUUAUAAUAUUUUGUUUUUUACUUUUGUGAUAAUCCCAAUUUCAUGAAUUAAGACAGGUGGGUUUAUGAAUUGCUAAUCCAGUUGCGCAAACCUCAUCCAGAUGCAUGUAAAUGACCUCUAGCUGUCACAAUUAGGUUUUUUUUAGUCUCCCAGUCUUCUUAAAACGGAUCAGAGUAGCGAUUUAGCGCUGCUUGAAGCCAAGGAAGUCGUUGGUUCUUCCCAUCAAAUUGUUUUUCCUCCGUAGCCAUUGAGAAAUAUCCUUCAGGAAAGUCACUUCCAUACACUUUUGUUUGCCCAGUGUGUAUUUUUAUGAGUCACCACAGGGACUGUUUUAAGUGGUGUCCAUGAAUUCAAUGCAGUUAUUUACAUGAGCUUUUAUCAAAGGCACACCCUGCUGGGAAACUGAUCUGGCAUCUGACAAGCGAGAAUAGAGGAAGAUUAGCAGUGUUGCAUUUAUAGGAUUAUAAAGAGCAUUUAUUUCAAAUAUAUAGAUUUUAUUUAUAUUCAUGGCCAGUUUAUGUCUUUCAAAACGUUUUAAAACGAUUUGACAGGUUUUUAAAAUGGAAUGCAAAGUAUGUGUGAUUCUUUUAAAUUAAAAGAAUCAUAAUUGAGCUUGUUAAUCAAGACCAGAGUAGAAAUAAAUGUCUGCAAGUAAUGUGAGAGGAUAGAUUCGUAUACCGUAUUUCCUCAAAUAGUGGCCAUCCCCACGAAUAGAUGUCAUGUCCUCAAUUAGUCGCUGAGUGCAUCAGCCACAUAAGACAAAUGAAGGCUUCAUUCUCAAAUGUUUGUUCAUAGAUGUUCAAGAGUUAACUGCUGAAGUCAUUUGACCGCUGUCAUUAACUAAUACAGCAGCUCCUCCCGAAGCAGGCAAACAGUCUCUCUGAUGAAUGUAAGUGUUAAGACUUAAUGCAAAGUAUUAAAGAUCUGUCUUAAAUGACGAUUAGCAAUCCAGGAGACUAACAUGAUUGCUCCACAAUGUUGUGUGUGUCUGUUAAGAUACGCAAGAGAGUAACUUCUUUUAUUAUGUUUUAAACUCCAGUUUAACAGGACAUGAAAUGUAAGAUAUCGGUAAUGUUGCACAAAUACACGCCUCCCCCUUAAUAGUCCUCCACACUCCCCAAAUACACGCCUCACAUUGUCUACAGUUGGUUAAAUAAACACACUUGCAGAAAUACUCUAUGAUCUGUUGAGAUUAGGGACUGGCAUAACAAUAGAUUGAUAAUUAUAUUGAAAUAUAUUAAUUAGUGAUUGUUUUGAUUGCAACCAGCAUUUGAUUCCAACUAGUUACCUAUCUACACAAGUACGUAAAGGCUUUAGCUAUGGCCAAUUGACCUGUAAAGACACAUUACGCAUUACGUUACCCUCAUACUAAUAGCAUUUAUAUUGUUACAGUGAGUUAAAAAUUACUUGGGCAAUUAAGCAAUUAUGCAAAUGAUUAGAAAAAGCUCACAUCACGCCAUCAAACAAAAAUUGAAAAGCAUUUAAUAAUUCUACCUGUCACUAUACAUUGCUGGCAUAGAAAGAUGAACAAAGACAUUAAUUGUAGUAAAUAAAUAAUAAUAAUAUGACUAAUUAAGUGAAAUUUGCUCAUUUUGAAUUAAACAUGAGUUCAAAUCAUUUGGCUAUAAAUUAACAGUUGAUCACUGCGACAUUGGCGUCUUUCAACACAAAAAUUGCAAAUUGCCACAUCACUGCAGUAAGAGAAAAUUCCAGCAUCUAUCUGCCAGAAAGCUGGAUGGCGUCACUUAAGUGUCUGGUGUCACAAUUGCUUUCGACAUAAAAGGAUGAGAGAAGUGAGUAUAAAGUGUUGAACAUUACGGAAUACACUAAGACACGUGUCUACGUCGAAUAAAAUAUUCUAUUUUACUUUACGCGUCGGCACAAUUUAUACAGCACAGCGACAUGGAAACAAGCAGUGCUAGAAAAUGUCUGGGUCAGUCUAAAGAAGUAUUAUUUCCUUCUAGUUGUACUUUCCAGCUCAUUAUUCAACUUCAGAGUAGCUGUCACACACCGUCAACCUUCACCGGCUCCCUGGCCUGACUGUUUUUUCCCUCUUAAUGCUUGAAAAAAAAAAAAGAUGAAUUAUUUUUAUUUUUCAAUCUAUGCAGAAUUUAUUAUUAUUAUUUACAAAAAGGAUCAGUGGAGACUUUUUUUUUUUUUUAAUUCUUAGGCCUGUGAUUUUUUAAUAUAUUUUUUUUAUAUAUAAUGUUUAAAAAAAAAGUGUCCAAUGCCUUUUUUUCAAGGUCGUGUACUGGUUUUAGACAGUACAUAUUUGUGUUUAUAUUUUAUAACAAAACAAAAGACAAACAAAAAAAACAGUUGGUUUGUGCCAUUCUGUACCUAAAGCUGGAGGCCACUUUUUCUCAUAGGAAAAUCCUCUGUGAGUUUUUUUUUUUUUUUUUUUUAAUUAAAUUACCAAGCCAGCCAAUGUGUUCAUACACUGGUACACUUUGUAAGUACAAAUGUAUACAUUGAAGCAUUGUUUUUAACCCAUUUUCUAAUUUAUUUUUCUGCCCCCCCCUUUUUAUUUUUUGCUUGUAACAUUUGAUGAAACAGGAUGAUGUAAAUAUAUCAGGGGGGUGUGAUUGUUCAUGAGAUUUCAUUGUAAGUAGUAAUUAAUAUUAAUGAAUCCAGGGUAUGUUGGGUUUUUUUCUCAAUAGGAAGAUGUUAACACUUGCAUGUUUUUAUUUAAAUGUACAAAGUGUAUAUAUGACAUUUUCCUCUAAGGGUGUAUUUCUACUCCAGAAGGACAUUUUUAUUGAAAUUGAAUAUCACUGUAAAUGUAUUUGUGAGAUACUUUUAUGCACAUUCCCCCCUCGCUCUCUCUCUCAUCUAUCUUUUUGUCUUCAGAACUGUAUAGAUGACACCCAAGUUCUCUCUUUCUCACACAUCUAUCUUUUUGUCUUCAGAACUGUACAGAUGACACCCAAGUCUCUUUACACUCCAGGGGUGGGGAACCUUUUUCCAAUCAGGGUCGAUUGUCACUAAAUUUCGGGAGAAAAAAAUGAUACCUGUCAAAAAUCCAUCCUUUUUCCGUACCGCUUACCCUCACUAUAGGGUCGCGGGCGUGCUGGGGCCUAUCGCAGCUGACUCUGGGCGAGAGGCAGGGUACACACUGAACUGGUCGCCAGCCAAUCGCAGGGCACAUAUAAACAAACAACCAUUCGCACCUAUGGGCAAUUUAGUCUUCAAUCAACCUACGACGCAUGUUUUGGGGAUGUGGGAGGAAACCGGAGUACCUGGAGAAAACCCACGCAGGCACGGGGAGAACAUGCAAACUCCACACAUGCGAGGCCAGAUUUGAACCCAGGACCUCCGAACUGUGAGGCAGAUGUGCUAACCAGUCUAAAGUGCAUUUUUAGACUUGCACGGCAGUCCGGGUUAAAUAGGAGGCUCCCCACCUCUGCUCCAGUCUUUUUCGUGAUCAUGUAUUCACCGCCAUGUUAUCAUUUUGUCUCCUGUAUUUUGUCCUGUCAUUGCCCAUCCUACUCGGGAUGAGAAUGUACAGUCUUGUCACGCCGAGAGUAUUUCCUACUUUUUAUGAGCAAUUGGUCACACGAGUCUUUUUAAAAAAAAAAAAAAAAAAAAAAAAAAAAAAAGGUAUUUCUCAACAGCUGUAGCAGUUUAUACAGUCUCUUGUAUACUUUUAAAAAGCCUCAACGAGCAGCCUACACUAUGUACCAUAGUCUAAAUUGGCUUAGUUUUUAAGAUGAAAUAGAUGCUAUUAUAUGAUGGAUGCAAUACGAUUCAAAGGUACUCUUGGAGUUUGAGCUUCAAACUUUAGGUCAUGUAAUUCAAAGAGCAUUCUUGUGAAGUGAGUAUUAAUUGUGACUAAUGAGAGUCUGUCCUGAAUAUUCUUUGUAUUUUUGUCGUAUUGAGAAUAAAAUAUAUAUGAAUAUGUUUA